AUGUCCCCCACCCCCCUCAACACCCUCGCCCAGACCCUAAAAUCCCUCCACGCCCCCGGCCACCCCCUCGUCCUCACAAACACCUACGACGCCCUCACCGCCCGCAUCAUCGCCUCCAGCCCCAUCGCCCCGGCCCUCGCCACAGCCAGCUACGCCAUCGCCGCCUCCGCCGGUCUCUCAGACGACGCCCUCGACCUCUCCACCAACCUCGCCGGCAUCCGCGCCAUCGCCGCCGUCGCCAAAGAGUCCAAGAAACCACUCACUGCAGAUUUCCAGGACGGCUAUGGAGAGAGGCUCGAAGAGGGCGUGAGGGAGUUGAUCGGGGCGGGGGUCGUGGGGAUGAAUUUGGAAGACUAUGGUCGCGAAAAGGCGGCGCUUUACGACAUUGAUACCGCUUGUGAGCGUAUCAGAUCGGUUUUGAGGACGGCGAGUGACCUUGGUGUGCCUGAUUUUGUCGUUAACGGGCGCACGGACGCGCUACUCCAUGGGGGCAGUAUUGCGGAUGCCGUUGAGCGGGGGAAUGCGUAUCUAGCGGCUGGGGCGACGACUGUGUUUGUAUGGGGCGGGCGGGAGCGGGGAGGGAUCAGUAGAGAGGAGGUGAAACAGCUAGUGGAAGCAUUCGGGGGCAUGUUGAACGUGAGUCUGAGGCUGGACGAGGCGGAUGAGAAAGGGGGGAGGAAUCUGACGAGGCAGGAGUUGGCGGAGAUGGGGGUUGCGAGGAUUUCGGUUGGGCCUGGUUUGCAGGCCAAGGCUAUGGCGGCAUUUAGGAGGGAGGCGGAGAAAGUUUUGGAGGGGUAG